CACAUAUUACGGUUGUUUUCAAACAAAUGGGUCGUCUUGGUUACAUAGAUAUACUUGUAUAAAUGCAUAUAUACAUACAGUAUGUUAUUUUUUAGUGCUCACAACUGACUUCAAAUCGCUGCCGUAUAAGUAUUCAAAAUGUCCAACACAAAAAUGCCUACAAAAUCCAGCGUGGAGGACAUAUCUUACAACGCCAACCUUUGGCUACAAGCCGCUAUGCUAAUCAAUGUUUACAUGUCCUUAAUUUGGGGUAUAAUUUACGGUUGCUAUAUACUCUAUAAUUUGUCAGAGUUGCAGGACUUUUAUGGACGUGCGGUUAUAGUCGCCUACAUAUUAUCGUUGUUGGCCGAAGUUUAUCGCUUACGUGCGGGCUAUAAAGGCAACUUGGGCGCAGAGAUCAGCGAGUUGAGCAUCUUUCUUGUGACAACACCGUUAAUACAACUGCCGUUACUCGCGUUUCUCUUUCUCGCCGUGCGUGGUGAUUGGACGCUCAUAUAUCUCAUUAUUGAGUUAAUGUUUUGUUUAAUGCUAAUUGAAUUGAUAGCCGGCAUGUGGGCCUGGCAUAUGUUUGCGAAACAUCAAAAUGAUUUGCACAAACUGAAGCGCCAAAUCGCGUUGCAAAUGCGAAAUGCCAAAAAAGAAAGUGCAAAUGCUGCGGACACAUGGAAUGUGCUAUAGUUUAGUUAAAUACAUAGUUGUUAAAUAAAUUAAAAUUAAUUUAUUCUAAUUUUUACAUAGUUUUUGCAACAAAUUAUCUAAUUUUAUCAAAUAAA